ACAUGAGUAGCACUGGAGCAAUGCACCCCAUUGCACAUUUGCACUGGAGUCGCGAGGGCGUUGCAGGGAAGAGAGGGAAUUGUUUAUUUUCGUAGCUAGCGCUUUAGCAUUGUUUACCAGUCAGUAUAUCGCGACCGUUGUUUGUCUUGUUUCGCCACUGGCACAAUUGAGAAACAUCAAAGAGUCGCACCAUAUCUCAGAAUUAGAAGAUAUUCAAGUAUUGGUUCGAACUUCGAUUCAAAGAACACUGGUUUUGUUGUCGGCGAGCAAGCUAACUAGUUCAACGAUAAUAACAUUUUAGGUUUGCUACGAGAAAGUAUUAGAUGUUUUUUUUUAAAUGGUAAUUUCCGCUACACUGACUAUUAGCUACAACUUAUCCACACGGGGCACGUCGUUUUUUGAUUUUAAGCGAGCCUACUACUGUAGCUAGCUAGCUAGCGUAUUAUGCUGUGACAUAUCUAAACGUUAACCAUAGCUAUUAAGCCAGUAAGCUGGGUAUUUGCGUUAGCUAACGUUAAAACCAGGAAUUUUAUGCAAAAUAGUUAGCUUUUUCUGUCCUGUACACCCCACCUGUAGAGUGAAGGGGACACAUUCCAUUCUAACCCUGGCAAAAGGUUUCAGAAAAUGUGUUUUUGACUCAUUGAUCUGGAGUGACGACUGAACUGGAAGCCUCCUUAAGAUUGAACUCCAAGUUAUAGAGACUGGAACGGUGAGCAAGAUGUCGAUCACAAACACCCCCACAAGCAAUGACGCUUGUCUGAGCAUCGUGCACAGCCUGAUGUGCCACAGACAGGGUGGAGAGAGCGAGACCUUCGCCAAGCGAGCCAUUGAGAGCCUUGUUAAGAAACUGAAGGAGAAGAAAGAUGAGCUAGAUUCUUUAAUCACAGCCAUCACCACCAACGGAGCUCACCCCAGCAAGUGUGUCACCAUACAGCGCACCCUGGAUGGACGCCUGCAGGUUGCGGGGCGUAAAGGCUUCCCCCAUGUGAUCUAUGCAAGACUGUGGCGGUGGCCUGACCUGCACAAAAAUGAACUGAAGCAUGUGAAAUACUGCCAGUUUGCUUUUGACCUCAAAGCUGACAACGUGUGUGUUAACCCAUACCACUACGAGAGGGUGGUAUCACCAGGGAUUGACCUUUCAGGACUGACUCUUUCAAGCUCAGGCACACUCAUUGUCAAAGAUGAGUAUGAAUUUGAGAACCAGCCAUCUCACUCCGGCGCGGACAGCCACCAUCAGACCAUCCAGCACCAACCCUCCAGACCGGGGGGUCCCCAGGAGUUCAGCAGCCCGACCCUGCUCCCUUCCCCCGAGGGCAGCAGCUCAGCCUCCACCUCUGCCUUCUCCAGCCUCGCUGCUGGAGCUUCAACCCAGUCCAGUAGCCUUCUGUCAGGGAGCCAUAUCAGUGAAGGUCUGCGGCAGCUAUCCUCAGGGCCAGGCCCAGCACAGGGACAGAGCUCACAGCAGAACGGCUAUCCCCUGGCACAGAGUGCCACAUACCAUCACAGUGCCACCUCAGGCUGGCUGAGAAACGGGAACUUCUCCCCCUCAGUGCCUCACCACCAGAAUGGGCACCUGCAGCACCACCAACCCAUGCCCAACACCCCACACUACUGGCUCUCGCAUAAUGAGAUUGCAUUCCAGACCCCCAUAUCCAAUCACCCUGCACCUGACUACUGGUGUUCCAUUGCCUACUUUGAAAUGGAUGUUCAGGUUGGGGAGACGUUCAAGGUUCCGGCCAGCUGCCCCACGGUGACUGUGGACGGAUACGUGGAUCCCUCGGGAGGGGACCGCUUCUGCCUGGGUCAGCUCAGCAAUGUCCACAGGACAGAGGCAAUCGAGAGAGCCAGACUUCACAUUGGUAAAGGGGUGCAGCUGGAGUGUAAAGGGGAAGGGGACGUGUGGGUGCGUUGCCUUAGCGAUCAUGCAGUGUUUGUGCAGAGUUAUUACUUGGACAGGGAGGCAGGACGUGCUCCUGGAGAUGCAGUGCACAAGAUCUACCCCAGUGCCUACAUCAAGGUGUUUGACCUGCGCCAGUGCCACAGGCAGAUGCAGCAGCAGGCAGCCACAGCACAGGCGGCAGCCGCAGCACAGGCAGCGGCAGUGGCUGGAAACAUCCCCGGGCCUGGCUCUGUAGGAGGCAUCGCCCCCGCCAUCAGUUUGUCUGCGGCGGCAGGUAUAGGAGUGGACGACCUGCGCAGGCUAUGUAUCCUGAGGAUGAGCUUUGUGAAGGGCUGGGGGCCUGACUACCCCCGGCAGAGCAUCAAGGAGACUCCGUGCUGGAUUGAGAUCCAUCUCCACCGUGCCCUGCAGCUACUGGAUGAGGUGCUGCAUACCAUGCCCAUCGCUGACCCCCAGCCCCUGGACUGAGUUAUUGAACGGCAACACUAACUCGACACAUGCUGGACUGACUGACUGCCCAUGCCGCGUAGGCUAGCCAUUUGAAGGCUGUCCGGGAUGAGAGAGGGGUGUGAAUUAUAAUUUUUUCUACCCACUGGCAUCAAAGCCAGCCAGGGUUCCUUCUCUGAAGAUACCAGCUAAUGAAUCUGUUUUCUACUUGCCUCAGAAUCAGGAUAUACAGUCGUUACUCAUGGAUGCUUUUCAUUCUGUUCUAUUCAUAUCAUCCUGUUCAUUGACUGACAGAAGGCCAUGACAUGACACUUUAUAUACUGUAUUUGAGUUUCAAUGCUGUUUUUUUUAUGGCAUAUUAGCUUAAUUAAGCACUUUAUUGGUUUGCUUUUCAUGUGCUUGUUUUCAGUAUGUUUAGGUAUGCAGUGUGAGGGGUAGUUUCCGCAUACAUUUCUAGUUUAUCUUAGAAUAUUCAGCUUUUGUAGCGAUGAGCGGGAUCCAGGCCAGAUGGUGUUCACUUCAAUAAUGUUUUCAGAUGCCUCAAUGUCUAGACAGGUGUUCAGUUCAUUAACAUUUUUAUCUCCACUUCAUAUUUCUGUAAUCGUGACUUUGAUGAAUUGACUUGUGGUAACAUUCCUUGGAGAUAUUGGAGGAAAGGUAAGGAAGUCUGAAGCCAUAUUGAUGCCAAAUGAACCCAUAUGAAAGGAAAGUUCAGAGCACAGUCGUGUGUCAGUAUUGUGAAAGUUGUAAAUAAAUACAUGAUUUUAUGACCAGAUCCUGCAUUGAGAAUUUCAGCAAUUGUGUGGGCCUGGACUACUUGUCACCGGGUUGUUUGAGCCGUGGUAUGAGACAAUAUACCACAGGUAUGAUGCAAAACUACUUGUUUACUGUUCUAAUUAUGUUGGUAACAUGUUUAUAAUAGCAAUAAGGCACCGCUAAGGGCAGCCCUUAGCUGUGGCACUCCCUUUUUGGGCCUUAUUGCUUAAUUAUAUAUUUUUCUGCCUUAUGAGCAUAUGGUUUAAAGUUAGAAAAUUAUAUGUAGGCUAAGGACAGAUGUGAUCCAGUGCUUGUCCUUUACCUUCAUAAUUAAUGGAAAUAAAAUGGUGUAUAAUUUG